AUGUGUGAUGAUUUUCCUAAAAAUCUAAGCUUAACAAUUAAUAAUAAAAAUGAAUCAGUUUUUCCAAAAAAUAAAAAGAUAGAAGAGCCAAAAAUUCUUCUCAUUAACACAGUAAAUAACGAAUUAUGUUUAUCUAAAGAGGUUAAUAAUUCUAAACCUUGUAAUGUAAUUCGAAACACUGAAAGUCCAUUAGUUCAUAGAUAUAGAAGCAGAAGUGAAGCAUCAGGAAAUGCAAAUUCUAAUAAAAAUAAUUUUCAAAAUGAUAAAUCAAGAAAAAUAAGGUUAAGCAGUAGUAAUAAUAGGAUAUGUAACGAAUCAAAAGAAGAGCUUUCCUCUAAUUUAAAAAAAAAAAAUGUUGGCAUCAGUAUUUUAAAUAGUAAUAAUAAAAAUGUACUUAAAUUUGAAAAAAAAAAUGUAAUAGGCUAUAACUAUUUCAAUAGCAGACGAAAGGAUUUUGAUACAAAUGAUUCUAAUAUUAUCAAAACUUUACCAUUAAGCAUAUAUGUCGGUACAUGGAAUUGUGAGUAUUUUGAUUUCUCAAAAGAUAGCCAUUAUGAAAAAAAACGAAAUACUACAAAUUAUUUAAAAAAAAAUGUGCACGAUAGUAUGUAUUCAACAAAAAUAAAUGAGAGGUAUUCUAUGAGAGCGGUAACACCUUUGAUAUGUUUUGAUUCUACGAACAAAUUAGAUAGCUUGCAUUAUAGUAAAAAUAAACAUCGAAACAUAUCAAAUACUUGUGCAACUGGAAAAUAUAGCCAGAAUAUUACAACAGAAAACAAAGAGAGUAAAAGUAUACCAUGUAAUGGUAAUUUUGAUUUAAUAAAUUCUUGCAAUGUAAAACAUUUUGAAUAUAAACCUGCAAUUUAUCACAAUAUGGACAUAACGAUUAUUAAUACAAAUGGAAAAAAAGAGAAUAUCAGCAACGACGACAAGCGUAGAGAAUUGAAUUCUAUUAAAAAAAGUGGCAUUGAAAUUAAUAAAAAAAAAAACAAUUAUGAUACAUUAAGAGUUCCUGGCGACGAUAAAAUUGGGGCAUUUUGGUUAAACGAAAACACAUUUAAAAAUAAAGAUGAAAUGAUUGAUUUAAAAAAUUUUAAAAUAGAAAAAAAUGAACAAAAAUUAGAAAAAAAUUACGAUUUUUUACAGAUUAAAAAAAAUUAUUGUCCAACUUCAAAAUCAAAUGAAGGAUUUCUAUUUUCUCACUGGAUACAACCAUAUUAUGAUAUAUAUGUAAUAUGUUUACAAGAAUCUAUAUCUGAUAAUAUUAUAGAAUAUUUGUCUAUGUAUUUAAAAGAAGUAAAUCAAGAAACGUAUGUGUUUUUGCCGUUAGCUGAUUAUAAAUUAUCAGGAUAUGGAGAUGGAGCAUUUCUACAAAUGAAAUCAACAACUAUUGCUGCUUGGGUAAGAAAAACUAAACUAUAUCCAAAUGGACCAGUUAAAUUAUGUGCAUCAAAAUCUAUAGCCUUUAAUAAAUUAAAUAAUAGUAAAGGCUGUGUAUCAAUAUUAUUAAAUAUUUUUAAUCAGUUUAUUUUAUUUAUUGGUUGUCAUAUGCCGGCUAAAGACCAAGAAUUAAGACAAAAAUCCAGGGAAUUUGUAUUAGCAAAAUUAAGUGAAUAUUUUAGUAAUAAAGCUACUUCUAAUUUUAAAGAUGUAUUUCAUCAUGUUAUUUGGAUGGGUGAUUUUAACUUUAGAGUUCAAGGUAUAAAUUUAGAAAAAGUAAUUUAUUAUAUAAAAACUAAUAAUUUAAAAGAAUUACUAAAACAUGAUGAAGGACAUUCUGCUUAUUCAUGUGAUUUAUCAAUAAGCUUUCAAGAAUUACCAAUCAACUUUUUACCUACUUAUAAAAAAAAAGAAGGUAGACCAAUAAUUAAUAAAAAUGAUAACAAAUGGGUUGAGAAAGAAUAUAAAUUAAUUCAUAACAUAAAAUGGUAUAAAGGAGGAAAGCAAGAACCAAGAAUACCAUCAUGGACAGAUAGAAUUUUUAAGUGGUCAUGUGAAAAAACAAAGAAUUGUUUAGCAUUUGUUCCAAAUUCGUAUAUAUCUCCAAUACCUGAAGAAAAAAGUAUAUUAAUGGCUAGUGAUCACAACCCUGUAUCAUGUUGUUUUCAAAUGUAUAAAAUGAAAAAUGAAGAAGAUAUACCUUUAACUAAAGUAAUAUUUAUGUAUUAA